UACGGUGUGUGCGCAGAGCGUAACAAUUCUGUCAUACGAUGCCAGGAUCGUAAUCUUACCUUUAUCAUUCAUUUUCAACCAUUUAAAUUAACUACAGUUCCGCACCCAGUUUUAAUCUUAGUUCUGAUUUCAAUGUAAAUGAAGUGAGUUGGAAUAUUUUUUAAAUAAUAUUUUGAAAGUGAAUUUAUUAAUUUAAUAUUUUGCAAAACGGAUUAAUAUCAGGGACCUGUACUUAAGCAUAACAGUUGCAGCCAAAGAGAAACUUAACAACAGUCAUGAAUUCAACUCAAUUUCAAAUCAUUCCGAACUUGUUAAUACCAACGCCAUUAGCAUACGAGCAGUAGUUUUACCUUUAGUUUCAAUACAACGAUAUUACAAGGUCAACAGUCUGCAAAAACUUCAACUUUUGAAUCAACAUAGCCUAAAAUUUUCAUGCUAAUAAAUCUCAGAAGAUGACGUACGUCGUUGAUUGAGCAUGGUCACGAAUUAGUCACAAAUCGACGAGGAGCGUCCGUGCAUGGUCGCGUGGUUUCUUCAGUGUUGCUGCGACGUAAACAAAUAACAAAUAAAAAUAAUAAAUAAAUAAAAUCGAAAAGCUAGGAAUAACGCUUACAUCUGGUCAAUGAAACAACUUGUUUAACCGACAUAUCAUUAUUUAGUUUAUUUACUUUUAUUGAGAUAUGAGGAGAAAAUAAUAUGUAAAGAGGAGCAAAUGCUAUAAAAACAAGUUAACUGUGUAUAAUGAAUUUAUAGAAUGAAUGUAAAAUCGAAAAGAUAUUUGACACGCUGAUGUUAAAGUGCAAUUAAUGGAAAUUUCAAAAGCAUACGUCUUCCUUCUCACUAUAACAUUCGUUUUAAUAUUUAUAACUUGUUUGCUUACAAAACUUGGUGCUCGUCAUGGGACAUUUCUCAAUUAUAAUUCAAAAACGAAAAAUCAAAGUGUUGGAUUAUUGGAAAAUAAAAAAGAAGCGAAAAAAAGAAUUACAACUGAAGCAGAGAAAAACGGAACGUGCGAGUUUUGUUUCAAACGUGUUCCAAAUCUGAUUGUACAGUAUGGCAAACCUCGUACAGCGACAACGUUACAAUUUUAUUUAUUGUGUUUAAUGAUGGCUUUUCUACAUGAGGAUGAGAAGAAUUCUGUGGGUUGUUAUUAUAAUAAGUUUGAAACAAACAAUAAGUAUACAGUUAUAAAAGUACACAGCAUACCCGAUAAAUGUUUGUCUUUCAUACCAACUGGUUCUUGGGUUUUUAUGACUUCCAAAGGUCCAUUGACAAAGCCAGAACAAGACCAAGUGAGAAAACUAAAACAAAAGCGUAUAGCUAUUCCAUAUAUUGCAGAUGUUAAUCUUGUCUCAAAAGGAAGUCAUUUUAUCGCAUAUGAAUAUCAAAAAUUCUUUGGUUUAUCAGAUGAAAAUAUGACACAUGUCGUGGAAUAUUUGCGAUACUGGGAUAUUCUUCGGGUUUGUUGUGGAUUACAAAUGUCAGCGGAUUGGCGAAAUCAUCUAGCACCUGAGAAACAUUACAGGAAUCACCACGACCCUCACAGUCUAUCAUACCCUGCUUGUGAAAUGUAUAAUAUAAGUAAUGUUGAAGUCCUGCUUCUUAAAACACAUGCGUACAAGACAUUUUCCAAUCAUUCUUUAUUGAAGAACUUUCUUGGAAAACCGUCUCUAAUUGACGGAAAUUUGGAUGGGAGCUAUUGCAAACGUUGCAAUGCCAAUAUUUCCAAAAAUAAAUUGCACAUGAACGAAAGAUGUACAUAACUAUUUUUGUCAAAAGUGGAUUCAUGUAAUUUCUGUUCUUAAACAAAUUAUUACAACGAUAUUGUUUGAAGUUGGAAAGCGAGUUGUGAGAGAUAUAGAAAGUUAUUUUUUAAACCCUUGAGCAGACAUCGACCUGGAAUCGGGUAAUAUACAGAACGAGAUAACAGGAUAUUAAUCAAAUAAAGUGGAAUUUUACUGAAACAUAUAUCACUGAAUAGUUAUCAUAGAAGCAAUACAUGUAUACGGUUCAGCGAGUUGACCUAUGACUCUUUUUUUUUAAAACCGUAAUAAGAUAACCAAAAAUAUAAAACAAAAUAAUUAAGAAAAAAUGGCAUUUCUAACAACUAGUUGGCCUUUUAGUAAGACUGGUGUCCUAUUUACAUGUAUGAGAUUGAUGAAAAACCAAAGUUAUACCAAACCAAAGAAAAACAAAAUGUUAUACUUUUUUUUACCUAUUGGGCUAAAUUCGACGUGUCAUGUCUAUACUUGAGGAAAUCAGUCACUUAACAAUCAAACAAGAUUAACCGUGAUUUUUGUUGCCGAAUUGUGGACAAUUUAAAAAACGUCACAUAGAAAGUAUCGUGCUCUUCGCUUAACGAUUCUGUGGAUACUUUUUUAAAAAAAUUCUGUUUGAACCGCUAAUGAAUUUUUCAAAUGUAUUUGCAUAAACCGGUGCUAGUAUGCGUGUACAGUUGCUUGCAUUAAUUGUUAACGCCCCUGAAUAAACUUAAUCUAAUUAUUCAAAUUUAUCAUAAGGGAGAUAAACAUUUGUAGAAAAUUUACAAGAUUUAUACUUUCAUAACAUACGAUGUGUCUAUGAAACGUUGACGUUGUAUCGACAGUAUUGUGCCCCUUGUAAGCUGAAAGAUGAACAGACCGUUGGUCACUGACCUAUUCAUCCUUGUUUUGUUGUUGUUGUUAAUUUUGCUUUUGUUUGUUUUUUAUUCGUGUAAAUAGUAGGAUUGUUUAUAAUACACGGUAUAUUAAGCGUUGAUAAAUUUUUUUUUGGUCCUCCGGGAUCAUUGAUUCUAAAACAUUAAGUGUUUUAAAGAUUGAGCUCCGCUCAAGUCGGUGCUAGGUGGCGUGAGGGAUGUUGCAGUUUUAGCUCACAUGUCACAAAGUGAAAUGAUGAGCUUUUGUGAUCGGUUUUCGUCCGUCCAUUAUUACUUGUUUCUUGUCAUGGAAAGCUUUAUAUUAAGGAGAGCGAUUUCAGGGCCAUCAUGUACAUACUCAAUGAUACUGUGCAAUUUUUAUGUCAUGCUAUUGAUUUGCGAGGUAUCACUUUAUCAGAUAUUUAGACAAGAAGUGAUACAUAUGUAUAUUGUAUCAUAGUUUGGAGACCUUUCUGUUGAAAAUGUGUCAGGGUUAAACCGUAUACAUAUACAUGCACAGUGCGUUAACUGGAGUGCGGGUAUUAGUUACCCGCACUCCAGAGCAUGCCCAUUGAUUGGCUCAUUUUUGCUGGGGUUUACAUAUUGUGACGGAAGAGAAAGAGAAAGCAACAGAAAUAUCAUAUUCAGAUGU